CAGCCCUAAUGCCACGAUCUCUUAGGUUUUGCUCUUUCCUUUUCCUUCCUCUUUAGGCGCAACGAUGAGUUUUCUCUUUGGGAAGAAGAAGACGCCAGCAGAGCUGCUGCGCGAAAACAAGCGCAUGCUGGAUAAAUCGAUCCGGGAGAUCGAGAGGGAGCGGCAGAAUCUCCAGACUCAAGAGAAGAAGCUGAUUGCCGAGAUCAAGAAGACUGCAAAGCAAGGGCAGAUGAGUGCUGUGAAGGUCAUGGCGAAGGAUUUGAUCAGAACCCGGCACCAAAUAACAAAGUUUUACGGACUUAAAUCGCAGCUUCAAGGCGUGUCUCUCCGAAUCCAGACACUGAAAUCGACGCAAGCUAUGGCGGAUGCAAUGAAAGGCGUGACAAAGGCGAUGUCACAGAUGAACAAGCAGCUGAAUCUACCGGCUCUCCAGAAGAUCAUGCGUGAAUUCGAGCUCCAGAACGAGAAGAUGGAGUUCACUUCGGAGCUCAUUGACGACGCGUUCGAGGAGGCGUUUGAAGGGGACGAGGAGGAGGAAGAAACCGAAGAGCUGGUGAGCCAGGUCCUGGACGAGAUUGGCAUCGAUCUGGAUCAACAGCUUGUUCGUGCUCCUGCGAAUUCCACCGCUGCUCCAGUGGAAACUUCGGCUCCAGGAAGAGUAGCCCAGCCCACUGGAGCGUCCGGAGACGAUGCUGGAAUCGACAGUGAUCUCCAAGCUCGCCUGGAUAAUCUGCGAAGGCUAUAAGAUCACCUUAUAUUCUUUGGUGUACAUACAUAUACUUUUACUACGACAAUAAAAUUUUGGUACGGACAAGGUGCGAAGUA